UUUGGAAAGCAAAAAAAAAAAAAAAAAAAAAAAUUCCUUUUCUCAAACAAGUGAGAAGUGAAGCAGGUGUUGAGAAUCUGUUAAUUUUUCUCUACUGUUCAGAGAUCUGUUUCGUACGAACAACCCUCUCCUCUUCUCUCCAUCAAUGCAACCCUAAUCCAACCAAAGCAUCAAACACACAUCAAUUUGCAAGCGAUAUGGAAUACAGGAAAAUCAAAGACGAGGAAGAUCAAAUUGGGGAUGGUGUUGUUGGAGACGCAGUAACUUCAAGAGGAGUUUCUCCAUCCAAGGUUACUAGUUUUCCGACUGGCUCAGUUGACCGGUUGCGCUGGAAGCGCAAGAUGGUUGUUACGCUUGCAUUAACGAUUCUUACAAGUUCACAAGCAAUACUUAUUGUUUGGUCUAAGCGAGCUGGCAAGUAUGAGUAUAGUGUUACUACAGCGAAUUUCAUGGUAGAAACUUUGAAAUGUGCAUUAUCACUCGCUGCGUUGGCAAGAACAUGGAAGAAGGAAGGCGUUACAGAAGAUAACAGGUUGAGCACAACAUUCGAUGAAGUUAAAGUUUACCCCAUUCCUGCGGCACUUUACCUUGUCAAGAAUUUGCUUCAGUAUUACAUUUUUGCUUAUGUCAAUGCCCCGGGCUAUCAGAUAUUGAAGAAUCUCAAUAUUAUUAGCACUGGUGUCUUAUAUCGAAUAAUACUUAAGAGAAAGUUAAGUGAGGUUCAGUGGGCUGGUUUCAUACUUUUAUGUGCUGGCUGUACCACAGCGCAACUAAACCCUACUUCAGACCAUGUUCUUGAAACACCUUUACAAGGUUGGAUGAUGGCCAUUGUAAUGGCACUUUUAAGUGGUUUUGCAGGAGUGUACACUGAGGCUAUAAUUAAAAAACGUCCUUCGAGGAACAUAAAUGUGCAGAACUUCUGGCUGUAUGUCUUUGGGAUGAUCUUUAAUGCUUUGGCUAUAGUAACUCAAGAUUUUGAUGCAGUUGUGAACAAGGGGUUCUUCUAUGGAUACUCACUGAUCACAACUCUCAUGAUACUCAAUCACGCACUCAGUGGUAUUGCUGUAUCCAUGGUAAUGAAGUUUGCAGACAACAUUGUAAAGGUGUAUUCUACCUCAGUGGCAAUGCUUCUCACUGCAGUUGUCUCUGUGUUUCUAUUUGACUUUCACCUGUCCCUUGCAUUUUUCCUUGGCUCAACAGUUGUUUCUGUUUCGGUGUAUUUACAUUCUGUUGGGAAGAUGCAAAGAUAGGAACAUCGUCCUCUUACCAUUCCUCACAAUCAUAAUACAUGAGACUCAUGGGACUCGGAAGCGAAACUGGGGUGCAUGUGCCAUGGCAUCUUUGAAGUUCAAAACACCCGUAAAUUUUAAUGGUUGUUUCCUGAGUCUUGAGAUGUAUAUAUAAAGCUUUGAGUUUAGGGUUUCUUGACGUAACGUGCUUGGGAAAGAAUGUCAAACAACUUGUGCGUAUUUUUUCACUAUCUUUUUUUUUUCACCAUCCUCUCAGUACAACGACCAUGUUUCUAAAGUGAAGACUGGUCUUGUUUUCUAGGCCAGGUUCUAAAUCAUUGUCUUAUAUCAUGUUAGUGAUUUACCUUUAAUAACAUAUGCAUAUAUCAAUUUAAGCAAA